AUGUUUGGAGAAAUAUUUUUGUUUAUUCUUGCUGUUAUUGUCAAUGCCCUCUCUCUCUUCUGUGAGGUCUACUUCUCAAUUUCAUACUCUGAUUUGGAGUGCGAUUAUAUCAAUCCAAUUGAAUUGUGCAAUAAGUUGAACAAGUUCAUGAUUCCAAAGGCAGCUGUCCAUGGUGUUUUGUCCAUUCUAUUUAUUUUACACGGUUACUGGUUUGUUUUUCUCUUGAACUUACCUUUAUUAGCCUACAAUGCAAACAAAAUUUACACCAAGAACUACUUGUUGGAUGCAACCGAAAUCUUUAGAACUUUAUCCAAACACAAGAAAGAAUCUUUUAUCAAAUUGGCCUUCUUCCUACUUAUGUUCUUCUUCUAUCUUUACAGAAUGAUUGCUGCAUUAAUUGCAGACGAUUUAUAA